ACUAUAAGCACCUUGUAAUUUAUAUCCGAGAUGUUGAGCAUGUUUUGACCGGAAAUCAGUAGCGGGAAGAAAAUGACUGGUGGCGUGGGCGUUAUCCAAACCCUCAAUCCCUCCGCAUUUCCACCACCUACCGCCACCACUCCACCUACAAUUACUAGAAUCAAAGCACUCAAACCGCUCAACGCCAUAUCAGCAGAGACCAAAGAGAUCAGGGUGUGCACAAACAAACCUUGCCGGCGACAAGGAUCAACGGAGGCCCUCCAAGUCCUCUCAGGCAUCAAUCCACCCAAUAUCACCGUCAAGUCCUGCGGUUGUUUGGGUAAAUGCGGCGCUGGACCCAACCUCGUAGUCCUACCGGGCCCGACUUAUGUGAAUCACUGCGCCACUGCUGCUCGUGCUGCUGAUAUCAUGGCAAUUGUAGCAGGUCACGAUUCGGGGGAUUGGAAGACGAGUCUGGAGGCGCUUUCCAUGAGGAAAAGAGCUGAGAUUGAGAUUGAGAAUGGUGAUUUCGCCACGGCUGAGAUUUUGUUAUCUGAGGCAAUCAAUCUGAAUCCAAUUGGUGGACUUCACUACAUAUAUAAAGACAGGUCUAUUGCAAGAUUGGGAAUGAACAAGGCGAUUGAUGCUCUUGCAGAUGCCAUAGAAACUUCUACUCUUGCUCCCAAAUAUCAUGAGGCAUACAUGUGUAAGGGUGAUGCUUUAAUGGCUAUGGAACAAUUUGAGGAAGCCGGGGAUUCUUAUUCAAUGGCUUUAGAGUUGGAUCCUUCUAUCCGUACUUCCAAACCUUUUAAGGCUCGGAUUGCGAAGCUUCAAGAGAAAUUAACUAUUGCAAAUUGUUAAUUCUUGAUUUAUGAUGAAUUGCUAGAGCACUAAAAAUUGAUGAGAUGGACCAUUUGGCCUCUUUAUCUAAUGUACUUGCCAUUUUGUGAGGUUGAUGAACCAACUAUGUAUAUAGUUAUUUUAUUAGAUAGAAUCUUUUGUAUUAAAAUGAUAUCUCUAAAUAUUAUUAAAAGAGAAAUCUUAUGACAUCAUUUAAAACAA